AUGAUCGCCGAGGAGCACGUCCCAGCUUCUCGGAGGAGGACGAGCGGUGCCACCAGCGCGGCGAUCAGGAUUGGGAGACGGGUAAGAAACAAGCAAUGUGGAUUCUCAUCUCUUUUUUCUUCCUUGUGCUCUUGCUCGAGCACAGAUUUGGUCACCUCCUUCCAAACAGGAGGAGCUUGCUACUUGACCAUCUUGGCUGUGAGGAACGCUCGUUCAUCCUUUUGCUUCCCUGGCCCUGAUGCGGCGGCAUUGUUGCGAGACACGCUUGUCAUCCUUCCCAUCGCUACAUGGCUGCUCGUCUUGGUACAGUGUUGCGUUGGCUCGGACGUGCUCUCUUGGAGGUCGCUCUACGAGAUGCAACACGAGGCAUGGCGCGCUCACUACCGCGAGAUUUUCGAUCGCGGCAUUCGAGAGCUGCUUUGCUGCCUUGGGCGAUCGAGAUACCUGACAACCAUGGAUGAAGACGAGGUUGAUACGGUGGCAGCACUUUUAGGCGAUCUCGUUGCAUACCGUGCUGCCGGUGCAAGCCAUCUCGAGUUUCUCGCUGGUGUUGCUCUUCUGAGAACUCGCAAGUCCAAGCCUCCAGUUCCGAAAGAUCUCCCUCCGGCUCCCGGUCCUCUGGUCACAGAAGCUGCUCUUCUCCAUCCAUAUGCCGUGGCUGCGUACACGGGGCCAUUGCUGGACAUUGGACGCACACCGCUACUCUUUCCCUGUGCUUGGAUGUACCGGCAAGGACUCCUCAGCUUAUGGAACCGCAGAAGGAGCCCGAGUGUCGACGGUGAUAAUUGGUGGCGAGGCCAUGCGACUGCGUUCCUUCGUGCCGCUCGCCUCCCAGCCGAGGCGCUCUUGAAAGGAAGGAUUCACCAGAGAAACCGAGAGACAGUCUACUUCGUGAUUGAGUUGAAGGAACUCAAGUUGGUUGUUGUCGCUGUUCGUGGGACUGAAACACCGGAGGAUCUUCUCACAGAUGGCCUGGGACGUGAAUGCAUCCUUGCCGACACUGAUUUUCAAGGAUUGUUCAUGUCUGGUCAUUUGUCUGACACAGCAAAGCGUGAAAUCUCGUCGUCAAAUCCUCACUAUGGCCAUGCCGGUGUGGUGGCGGCGGCCAGAGAGCUUGCCUUCGAGCUGGACAGCCCUGAAGAUAAUCCCGAGCUUUCAGCAGGUAGCUCUCGAUCAUCGAAAAAAACUGGUUUUUUGACUUCCAUACUCGGUCCCGGUGGGAAGUGUGAAGGCUUUUCUUUGAGAUUUACCGGACACUCGCUGGGUGGAUCGAUUGCUGUUAUGGCAGGAAUGAUGCUAUGGCACCGUUUUCCAAACUUACACACUUACGGAUAUGGCGUUCUUCCCUGUGUCGACGCUGUUAUCGCAGAAGCGUGCUCACCGUUUGUAAGUUUCUUUCAUCCUCUGCCCUGACCGUCCACCACCGUGUAUAAC